UCCACAAUUGAGUCGACGGCUAUUUUAGGUUGAUAAAGGAACAAAGAAGUAAAACUCGGAGCGAAAGUAACCCAACAUGCCUCGCAGUAACAGUGGCAGCGAUUCCUCACUAACAUCCAACCAGCCCAGUGGUUCAGGGUGCACUACGCCCACAUCUCAGAAGAAGAUCGUCAACUAUAUCUGCCGAUGGGAGUCUUGCAAUAUUCAGCUUGAGACCAGUGCUGAUCUGGCCGAUCAUGUCAGGAUUGAGCACGCUCAGAAACAGGUGGAUAAAGGUGUCAAGAAGUACGUCUGUCUAUGGGACGGCUGUAAGUGCUUCAACACUCCUUCAAGUUCCCGUUCCUGGCUCUUCAAACAUGUCUUGCUCCACUGCGGUGACAAACCCUUCCGUUGCAUCCUAGCUGGCUGCACUAUGACAUUCCCUACGCAGAGCGGAUUGCUACGGCAUGUCCAGACACAUCUGAGUGAGCAAGCGGCUCAGAAGACACCACGGAACAAGGAGGACAGUCCUGGCCGGUUGAUGAAGAAGAAGAGAUUGAAAUUCAAACGGCGGUUCUCCCAAGCUAAGACUGAUGAUUUCUUCGAUACCUGCACCAUGGACAGACUUCACCACCAGCUUGUGACAAUGAACACAUCCACACAGAUCGACACUGCAGGCCACGGCAAGAACAUACUGUUCCGUAGCAAGGUUGUUGGCAGGCGAGUUGAUCAUAACGAUGAAGUCAAGGUCUUACUACAUUGGACACCUGAGAACAUCAUUCCAGAUUCUUGGGUGAAUGAGGCUGAUGUCCAGAGGGAGACUGAGCGGGCUGUUCCAAUGACCAGUCUUCCCCCUGAAACUGUCCGCCUUCUCCAUCCUAGCUUAGGCGGACUGCACCGUGCAAGGAAACACAGAAGGAAGUGACAACCAGCCUUCUGUAUUAAGUUUUGUAAGGCUGAAAUAUAUUUUUUCCAAUACUAAUGUCUUAAACUGAACUUAUUUUUAACCAUGUGCGCUAUGUUUCCAAAAUGCUGCAGGAUUUGUAAUAAUUGUUGUAAGUCUCAUAAAAAAUGUGAGGAAUGUAACCUUGCUCUCUGCUGCUCUUUGCUUAGCAUGAAACAUUUGCUAAGCGCUAUUUUCUUAUCUGUAUGUAAUUGGCUGUACAUAAAGGCGGAAAAUCAGAGGAUAAGUCCCUUUUUCAAGGCAAAGUGUGUGCUUUACACAUGUUCUAAACGUUUUUGUUAGGUGGUAAAAUUUGAGCCAUUUUUAGAACAAACUGCAAAUUAGCUGGUUGAAUCGUAUCUUAAGUUUUCUUCCGGAUUUACCAUGUUUGUAAAAUUCAAGUCAGUCAUAACUGUUUUAAAUGAAGUGAUAAAAAAUGCCACGUAUCGUAAAUCAUCAUGAACAGUCAAGUUUCAGAUAUGACUUCAUGACAUGUAAUUUCUGCAUGCAGUGUGGACAGUCAGCCUCCAUUACCUUUGGUGAUGAACUGGUUAUAAUGAUUAGAAUGUUUUUAGUUCUUUAGAAGUUACACACAAGUUAUAUCAUGUCAUCUUUAAAUAGAAACACACUGGAUUGUUAUUAAUUGAAGUGCAGUCUACUUUUUAACUUUAUCCAAAUAUUUAUAUUAUUUUCCACCAACUUUUGACGAGUUGAGUGUGGAAACUGCAGUACAUGGAUAUGGGCCUAUGUACAUGUACAACAUAAAUAUCACAUUGCAAAAUCUGUUGUAAUUAAAAAAUUUUGAAUUAGAUUUCACCAUGAAAUGAAGUUUUGAAUUGUAAUUAUUUGCAUUACUUUUUUUAAUAAUUUUUUGGAAAAAGGUUUUCUAACAACUCUAUUUUAGUGGAGUAUUUUAGUAUUUUUUUUAGAAGUACAGGUAGAAGUAAGCAAAUAAAUUUUUUAAAUGAUGAAUUUUAUGUAGGUACACAAUUUGUGUACCUGUUUUGUAAUCAGUGGAAUUGCAAAAUAAAUUGUACAUGUGUCUUUUACAA